UUGAUGCGCUAAACUGAGCGACACCCGUUCGAUGAGCGAUGCAACCUCCGCGACGACCUCAUGGUCAGGAUUGAUAUUGUGGGUCCCCUUCAGCGCAGUCAUGGGUCCAAGGGUCAGAGUCAGAAGAGAGGAAGCGCACUUCCUCACGCUUCCAAAUCUUUCGACGCUUUCGAAGACUCCCGCCCUCAGAGCUGGCACCGGCAACCGGCAUUGGUAUCUUCGCACUUGCACACCACGUCCCCCGCUCCCGCAGAUCGACGUACUUGGGCGCACCGCAAAGCUCCACUUGCACACCACGUCCCCCGCUCCCGCAGAUCGACGUACUUGGGCGCACCGCAAAGCUCAGCAGAAGGAGCCUUAAAACAAAAUCAAGGCCCAAAUGGACAGCUGGGACGACUUUGUGGCUGUUGUUGAUGGUCCUGACUCGCUUCAAGCCUGCCUCCGAGACCUCAAGACAGCAGCUUUUGUCUCAUUAGCGCUGAAAGGAAGGAUGCUCAGUCGCCACGGA